AUGACGCGGGUGCCGGUGCCGGUCUGACCCCCGGUGUGCCCAUCGAGGCGGAACGGAUCCUUACCCAGGAGGACUUUGAGCGCAUCCGCAAGUUGAAACAGAAGGCCAUGGUGGAGGCCGCGCUGGCUAAGCAUGGCCUUGCCUCGGGCGCCUCCAAGUCCAAGAAGGCUCGGCUGCUGGAGGCGGCUGAGGAGGAGGCGGCGGAGGCGCUGGCGCUGAGAGAGCGUCUGGCGGUCAUAGGGGAGGCCAAGGUGCAUGCGGAGGACCUCGUAGGACGUCAUAAGGCCCGCAAGGACAAGGCGGCGCGACUGGCCAGCGUCUUGGAAGGGCGCGAGGGACGGGAGAAGUUUGGCGCACGGAGCGGGCUCAAGAAGAAGAAGACGGCAGGGCUCAGCGAGCGCGAGAAGCAGCGCAAGAAGGUCAUGCCCAUGGCGGCGCGUGUGGCGCAGAUCCGGCGACGCAACGCAGCGGCGCGGGGCCGGGGGCGGGGGAAGAACUUCAAGGGGCAUGUGCGGGGUUAA